CGUUGUUCCUAAUGAGAUUUUAUCUGAUCUUAUGGCCGGCCUCCAUGCAAGGAGAAAAAGAGAGAAGAACUGUAACGUUUCCCCGAAACCGGAUACUACAUGGUCUGCAUGUAUGUUAUUUACCAGCUAAGAGGUCCAUAUAGUGAAAGACUGUGACCGACGUCUUGAAAAUGCUACCCGAGGCCGCAGUUUUUCACUAUACGAGGUCAAGUUUUUCACUAUGCAGACUGACCUUAGGCCGGAAAAUAGCAUAUCUAUUUUCUCCUCUCUCUCUCUCGAAUCACUUUUAUAAUUGUUGACCUUUUCCACACACAACAGCAUCGUAGGAAAAUCCGGGCCGCACUAAGAACCAAUCAGAUUGCAGGAUUCGUUACCGUGCCCUCUUAGAAAAAAUAAAUGUGGAUAUUACAUCACAAACAUAAGCACAAGACAUACUACCAUGCAGAAGGCCGGAAAGACAAGUGUCGGACUGGGAAAUUCAAUUGUGUUAAUCAUUUUCUUUUUACUUUAUCGCAGUUGAUUCUCGUGGAUAGAAGCGAAAGAGGUCAUUACUUGAUGGAACUUAUUACAGAGAAACAGAAAAGGGAUUCAAACAAUAACAUAUGGUCAGAUGAACCCAGUGAUUUCGUGGCUGUACUGCAGCUAGAGGACCCCCAAGGUCUUAACCCGGUAGACGGCAAAAAGGACUCACUAAUAAGAAAGCCAAUGGGUAGCCGCAAGUCCAAAUCACCAGUGCAGUGCUUCCGAAGAGCCACGCCCGAGAAAGGCAUGACAUACAAACCAACCCUGUACCUAAAGGCUCUUUCAGUUCUGGACCACUCGUCACGAAUCCUGGCCGAGCAACUUACACUUAUACAGCAGGACUUGUUCUUUCACAUUCACCCUGUACAUUUCCUAAACUCUCGUGCGCAUGGCAUUGGUGUUGGUCGGAGCCAGUCCCCCAGCAGAGAACGCGACAGCAUCUUUGGCUUCAGUACCGGGAGUCGGCGCGUCUCGGAGCUACCCGCCAGUUCCGGGGAGGUACCCCUCCCUUGGGAGCAAAAUAUGUACGUCAGCGAGCCCAGCACCGAUGGCCAUCUGGAAAACCUCUUGGAACAUGCGCAAGACGUGUCCUUGUGGGUGGCUGUUGAGAUCUGCAGUGCGUCUUCAAUAAAGGCUCAACUUGCCCUCAUCACCAAGUUUGUGAAUGCUGCGCGUUACUGCUGUGAGAUUCGUAACUACAGCACGUGUUUCCAAAUCGUUGACGCCCUGGAAAUGUUUGUCAUCAGACAGUUACCGGUUUGGAAACAGGUUCCCACAAAAACAGCGGAAGCAUUGGAAGAACUUAAGGCCGUCAAGGUUUUGCUGAAGACAGACAGCUCGUGGUUGAUGAAGAGUGAAGCGUCACGUGACAAACCCACAAUUCCUUGUUUCCUUUUGUUUGUUAUUCACGUUCAACAGCAGGAGCUUGGAGGGUUCACAUUACCUAACGACAUGUUCAAGUGGACAAAGAUGAGAUCAGCGGCUCGUUUAGUGGACCAGAUACGCUUGUUUAAACAGAUGCGUUAUGCCUUCCAAACAGACGACGAAUUGAAGGACAGACUGAAACAGCGUAUACACGAGUGCAAAAAGGAAAACCUCCACGCCCUAGCUUCUGAGAAUGCAAGCAACUUUCAUUUAUCAUCUUCACAUGGCUCUAGGAAAUUCCAUGAUGCCUUUAAGAAGAUGAAAGCGACAUUCGGCAGCCAUAAUUAGUCCUGUUUACGACUUGGUCAUCUGUAAUUUUCAAAAAGUGCUAUGAUAACUUCCAAUCACUACAUCUAUUUUUGCGGAGAAAAUGUUCAGGUUAUACUAUGUGUUGUAAAGUGAUAAGCGAUAGAUUUUAUUUGCGGAGAUCGUAAUGGAAGUUAAGAUACCUCCGCCUGUUUACGCGGAAAAUAGGUGAAUUUUUCGCAAUUUAUUAUUAUUAUGAUUGAAGAGUUUGUUAAAUCGCAGGGUUUGUUUGGAGAGGAGAAAGUGUAAUAUGUACACUAGUUAGGAUUUUGAAUAAGCAAUUUAUAUUUUACUAAAUAGUGCGGAAAUUCCAUUUUCGUCUUUGAUAAUGUAUAUUUGUAUAAAAUAAGGUUUUUGUAUGAUAUUUUAUUUGAGAUUUGUCUGAUGGAUACGUCGUAAACAGUCCCAGCUAUAUUUUAUUAUUUCAGAUUAAUCUAUUUAUUUAUUACUUAUGGCGGCUGUCGGUUUUCCGGUAGUUAAUUAAAUAAAUUUCAAUUAGGAGAAAAAUGAUGAAAAAUUUAAUUAAACGAGUUUUCACUUUGA